AUGCCCCUAACCAACAUUCUAGAGGUGGAGUUGUUCGAUGUAUGGGGGAUUGAUUUUAUGAGACCCUUCAUAGCAUCCUAUGAGAAUCUGUACAUCCUUGUGGCUGUUGAUUAUGUGUCAAAAGGGGUAGAAGCGGCUGCAUUUCCCACAAAUGACUCAAAAGUGGUGAUGAACUUCAUGAGGAAGCAAAUCUUUACAAGAUUUGACACACCAAGAGCAAUAAUCAGCGAUGAAGGGACACAGUUUUGCAACAAGUAUUUUGCUACCCUUCUUGCUCAAUAUGGUGUGAGACACAAGAUUGCCACGAGCUACCACCCACGAUCCAAUGGAACAGCGUUCAAGACACCAAUUGGGAUGCCACCAUACCAAUUUGUGUUUGGCAAAGCAUGCCAUUUGCCUCUAGAACUAGAGCAUAAGGCAUACUGGCCACUUAAGCAAUUGAAUUUGGACAUGGGGGCGGCUGGCAAAAAAAGGCUUUUGCAGCUUAAUGAAUUAGAUGAAUUUUGGCUUCAAGCAUAUGAGAAUAUAAAGCUCUACAAAGAGAUGGUUAAACGGUGGCAUGAUAAGAGAAUAUUGAGCAGAACGUUUGAACUAGGGCAACAAGUUCUCUUGUUUAACUCAAGACUGAAGCUCUUCCCUAGAAAGCUGAAAUCUAGGUGGUCAAGUCCAUUCAUGGUAUCCACGGUUUUUCCCCAUGGAGCGGUGGAGCUGCAAGAAAACAACUCUGGAAGGAAAUUUUUGGUGAAUGGCCAACGGAUCAAACACUUUUGGGGAGGUCUUGUGGAUCCCUACAAGACUUCUAUCAUCUUGCAAGAGACUUAA